UCCGGCUCUGAGUGACUGCUGACACCGCCAAACCCCGACUGAAAACUGUCUGUGAUUGGGAUCUUGCCGGGUGAAAUCCUCCGCUUCUAUCCGGAGGGGACGUCAGACAGGUUCCCGGCUAAGCGUUGGGUUGGAAAGAGGCGUGAAGUUGCAGCGAAGCCGCAGGCUUCAAGCCACCGACCAGCGGCAUGGCGCGGGACUACGAUCACCUCUUCAAACUGCUGAUCAUCGGUGACAGCGGUGUUGGGAAGAGCAGUCUACUCCUGCGCUUUGCAGAUAACACUUUUUCAGGUAGUUACAUCACCACUAUAGGAGUGGACUUCAAGAUCCGGACGGUGGAAAUUAAUGGAGAGAAGGUGAAACUGCAGAUCUGGGACACGGCAGGACAGGAGCGAUUCAGAACCAUCACGUCUACGUAUUACAGAGGAACCCACGGGGUAAUAGUAGUGUAUGAUGUCACCAGUGCUGAAUCCUUUGUCAACGUCAAACGAUGGUUGCACGAAAUCAACCAGAACUGUGAUGACGUAUGUCGAAUAUUAGUGGGCAAUAAAAAUGACGAUCCGAACUCAAAGGUGGUGGAGACGAACGACGCGCAGAAGUUUGCCGAGCAGAUGGGCAUCAGUCUGUUUGAGACGAGCGCAAAAGAAAAUGUCAACGUGGAAGAGAUGUUUAACUGCAUCACAGAGCUGGUGCUCCGGGCAAAGAAAGAGUCUGUGGCUAAACAACAGCAACAACAACAAAACGAUGUGAUUAAACUCAACAAGAAUAGCAAAAGAAAGAAAAAAUGCUGCUAGUGGAUCUACAGUCUUCUCAUGCAAACGGACCACAGAAUGAUUUCACAUAAACACAGUGCGGACACAGCGGAGAACAAGUCCUUUUUUGGAUCCAUACAAACCACAAAGACUUUAAAAAAAAGAAACUGUACAGAUUUUAUUAGAGUUAAGGAGUUUUAUGUGGAAUUCGUGAUAUUUAAUAAAAAGAUCGUCCUUCUUUGUCGAAGGACCUGCAAGCUGACGUGUUCGCCAAACCGUGCAGAUUCCUGUUUGCUUAUUCUACAGCGGUAUAUAUCUUUUUAUCUCAGGAGUGAUUUUAUUGCUGUUAUUUGGCUUCUUUGUCUCCUUUUUGUGGAAUGGCAGUUUUUUGGGGUUUUUUGCAAGAAAAAUUUGGGCCUUUUUUUAAUAAUCGUAUAGUUCCAUACAUUCACUUAACAUGGACUCGACACAGACUGACAGAUGCCAACGACUGUAAGAAUUCUUCACUAUUAGAUGAUUUGUAGACGGUGAUCCAUCUGACAGAAUUGAUUCUUUGUGUUGUGAUCCUUUAAUUUCUCUCUUUCCUUAAACCUGUUUCUUCAUCUCAUGGUGUAAAAAUCACAUGAAGCCUGACAAGAUCAUGUCCAUGUCAUAUUUCAUCCCAAAAUCUAAACUAAUACAUUUAUAAAUCAAGGUUGAUUAAAUUAAGGCCAUUUUAUUUUUACAUUAUUUG